AUUUCUACUAGUUUCAUAGUGGACCGUAUCUUUUGUUGGAAUUUCCAAUCCCAAGCGUCUUCAUUUUGGGGUCUACACCAGAUCAUAAGCAAAUCAAGAACCGGUCUGCCUGCAUUUCUGUCAUUUCUGUGCUUAUCACACUUUGGCCAUGAGCUGUUUUGGGUAUCGUCGAGAGCUGAGUAAGUAUGAAGACCUUGAUGAAGAUGAGCUUUUGGCUUCUCUCAGCGCUGAGGAGCUGGCUGAGUUGGAAAAGGAGCUGUCGGACAUCGAUCCUGAUGCCAAUGUGCCCAUAGGACUCAGACAGCGAGACCAGACAGAUAAGACCCCGACAGGCACCUUCAGCAGAGAGGCCCUCAUGAAGUACUGGGAGAACGAGACACGUAGACUGCUGGAGGAUGAGUUAGGUGGAGCAAGCCCAAAACUGGAUGAAGAACAGGAGGAGGACUGUGUGACAGAAGAAACCAGUGAAGGAGAAGAGGACAAAGAUGAUGAAAAUGAGAAGGAGCAAAAAAAGAAUGAAAAACAAAGGGAGGAAGAAGAGGAAGCCGAGAACAGUGAUGAAGAAGAGGAAGAAGAGACGGAGAGUGAAGAAGAACCUGUAACAGAAGAGGAGGAAGAAGAAGACGAAGAGGAAGAAGAACAAAAUAAUAAAUCAAAACCUGAACCGUCAAAUAAUUCAGGGCAGGUGACGUCGUGGGCCGAGAACCUAACCCUGCUCAAGCCCCAGAGGGUGGAGCCUAUUAGGCGGACUCCUCCUCCUCCACCACCUGCCGACCCGAACACCACUGGAAACCCAACUGUCGUCGAUGACGCUCUGCAGCGAGUACUUAGAAAUGACUCUGAACUCACUGAGGUUAAUCUCAAUAAUAUAGAUGACAUCUCACAGGAAACUCUCAUCCGAUUCGCUGAAGCAUUGAGGUCAAACACACACGUGAAAACCUUCAGCCUCGCAAACACCCGAGCUGACGACCCCGUGGCUCUGGCCAUUGCUAAGAUGCUAAAGGAGAACUCCUCCAUCAUCAGCCUGAAUAUAGAGUCCAACUAUGUGUCUGGAAAAGGCGUGAUGGCUCUGGUUCAAGCACUACCAGGAAACAACACCUUGACGGAGCUCAGGUUUCAUAACCAGAGGCACAUGUGUGGAGGACAGGUGGAAAUGGAGAUGGUGAAAAUUCUGAGGGAAAACUACACCUUGAUCAAACUGGGUUACCAGUUCAACCUACCUGGGCCAAGAAUGAGCAUGACAGGGAUCCUCACCAGGAACCAAGACCGUCAGAGGCAGAAACGGCUACAGGAGCAGAGGCAGCAGCAGCAGAACCAGCAGGGGGCACAAGAAGGAGCUGUUAACCGCAGAACCACUGCGCUGAGAGGAACACCAAGUUCAUCCCCUUACAGCUCACCCAGGGCCUCUCCUUGGUCCUCACCUAAACUGCCCCGAAACGACCUGGCUAAAAAACAGACACCCCCUGCGCCACCUCCUCCCCCACCUCCACCCCCGCCUCCUCCUCCACCUCCUCUCCCGCAGCAGGAGAAGAAAAAGCCCACGAGGAUGAUUGCAGAGGUUAUCAAGGCGCAUGAAGCGGGCAAGAAAAAGACGGUGAAAACAAAAGGGAAGAAGGGGAAGAAGGGGAAGGUGUCGGGCAAUGAUGAGACAAACAGCAUCUUUAAGGAGCUCAAAAAUGCCCUUAGGCCAGUGUCGGUAGAGAGGAGAGGGGAGGAGGGCAGCAGGCCAUCAACGCCAAUGAGGUCAGCCCAUGAUCAGCUGAUGGAGUCCAUCCGCAAUAGCAGCAUGCGCAAUCUGAAACGGGUGGAAGUCCCUCGUCAUCUACGAUAAAAGUGUCAUAAAAGACAUCAUCUUGAUAUCACUUUGAUGGAGAAUUUGGAUACUGAUGACGAUGGACUGACCGACGGUGGUGAAAGAUGACAGGUGAAAACUUGGGUUUUCUAAGGAGGCCGACGUGAAUUCUUACUCAUAAAAAAUACACUGGAAAUUUGCACUGCAAUGACAGCUUU